AUGAUCGCUCCCCUGCUUGCCCGCCGUUCUCUUUCAAGCACAGUCGUUUCAAGACUCUACAUCCAGAAUAACCUUAGCAAUGACCAAACCCACCCAAAGCUGGAGGUUGAUGGUGCAAGAAAGGUUGCAGACUUCAGAAGUGACACAGUAACUGCCCCCACUGAUGAAAUGUUUGAAGUCAUGAAGAAGGCCUCCAGAGGAGAUGAUGUUUUCCAGGAAGACAACAGUGUCCGUGACCUUGAAGCCUACAUGGCCGAAACAACUGGCCACCAAGAUGCCCUUUUUUGCUCCAGUGGUACUCUGACAAACCAGCUCGGUCUCUGCACUCAUCUCACCACCCCUCCCCACUCGGUUGUCUGUGACUCCCGUUCGCAUGUCUACCUCUGGGAAGCCGGAGGUAUCUCCUUCCACUCUCGUGCCUCAGUCAGCCCAGUGAUUGCCCGCAACGGCAUCCAUGUCACUGCCGAGGAAAUCGAGGGAAACCUCAUCGAGGCCGAUCUCCACACUGCUCCUACCCGGGUUGUCUCGCUCGAAAACACCCUCAGUGGUCUUAUCUUCCCCAUUGAAGAAAUCCGUGCCAUUUCUGAAAUGUCCCGCGGUCGUGGCCUGGCUAUGCAUCUUGACGGUGCUCGUCUCUGGAAUGCUUCUCAAGAAACCGGAAUUCCGCUGAGCGAGUAUGGCAAAUGCUUCGACUCCAUGUCUCUCUGUCUCUCCAAGGGUGUUGGCGCCCCAAUUGGCUCCAUUCUGGUCGGUAACCGCGAGUUCAUCAACCGUGCCCGUCACCUUCGCAAGCUGUUUGGUGGUGGAUGGCGCCAGGCCGGUUUUAUGGCCGCAACUGCCCAGUACUGCAUCGACAACAUCGUGCCCACCAUGCCAGCCACCCACAAACUGGCCAAGUACAUGUCCGAGUCCCUUGUCUCGCUUGGAAUCUCGCUCCAGGUCCCCGUGCACACCAACAUGGUUCUCAUCGACACUGCUCCGGUCGGCAUCACUAUCCAGGACCUUAUGCCCUCCCUCUUGGCCAAGAACAUCAAGAUUGGCGGAAUGGGUACCAAGUCCCGUCUUGUGCUCCACCACCAGAUUAACAAGGAAGAUGUCGACGAGUUUGUCCAGGUUGUCAAGGAUGUCGUAGCAAGCCGGCAGGAAGUAGCAGCACCUCAGCAAGUAGCAGCCCAGGCCUGUUAA